AUGAAGUUUACACGAAAAAUGAGAUUGGUCCCAGCAGAUGAACCAGAGAAGAUUGUGACGGUUAAACCUUACGGAGCUGUGUACGAUCAAAAUCCAGUUAAAGAAGCUUUAGAAGAAUUAAGUCAAGAAAUGCAACGUUUACUCAAGUCCAAUAUUUCAGACGAUAUUAAAAUGGAUCAAUAUGGUCAAAUGUUGCAUCGAUAUCGAAUACUACAAAAUAAAAGACAUGCACGAACCAUACCCGAGACAACAAACAACAAACAUGACGACAUCGCUUCCGUGGAAAAACCUGAUAUUUUAUCUUCGGUACCUAAAACAUACCAAGGCCGAGCUCGUAUGUUAUUAGAGCAUUUGGAAAAGAAAACACCCUACUCUUGGAAUGACAAGUACGAAUUGACCCAUGGCGGUGAGGUAAUGAAAGGCACGAACGUAGUGGAUAUCGUCAAUGAUUUCAUUCGUAACCGCAAGACAAAUAUUACCCCUUUUGGUUGGGAAGCCGUCAUGAGAAGUUUGAGAGAAUCAAAUAUACCUCGAGAAGCCAUUGGAAACGAUCGUCGAUGGGAAUUGUUUUCGACACCUCAAACACAAUCAUCUCCGUCCACUUUUGAAACGCCCAAGAAACGCACAAAUGUCACUGUUCAAAACGAAUGGUUGGUUAGUCAACGAUUGCCUCGGGAAACAUCCAAGAAAAAACGCGACAUUACAUCAACGGCACGGUUAGCCCUCGACAAACAGAAAGCUUUUGAUAAGGGAUACUGGCCAAAUUGGACUUUGGAAACUUUUCAAGUCAAACCCAGUGUAGGAUCCCGUUAUAGAUUAAUUGAUGGAAACGGUGAAAUGUUGGAAGGAUCGUUUUAUCCCGAAGAAUUGCAAGAAGUGAAAGAAGACAAAGACGAGGCUUACGUGAUUGAAAAAAUCAUAGAACGACGAGGUAAAAGCGUACUCGUCAAAUGGAAAGAUUACCCUGCUAGUUUCAAUUCCUGGAUUCCUGAAUCGACCGUGGAGUAUAAAUAG